AUGUAUCUUUUUCUAUGUAAUUUAUCUGUGGUUGAUAUGUGUUAUACAACUGUCACUGUUCCAAAACUCCUCUACAUCUUAUUGACUGAGGAUAAUAUCAUGUCCUUUGAGCAAUGUUUCAUCCAGGCAUAUUUUGUCUUCAUGGCAAGCACCAGUGAGGACAUGGUUAUUUUUAUAAUGGCAUAUGACCGAUAUGUCGCAAUUUGUCACCCUUUGUACUACCACCAUAAACUUAACAAGAAAAUAUGCAUAUUAUUAACGAUUAUCAUCUGGAUUUCUGCAAGUGUAAAUGCAAUCCUAAUGGUGAAUUGCACCAUAAAAAUGUUCUUCUGCUCUACCACCACCAUUCACCAGUUUUUCUGUGAUGCCAAAGCUCUGUACAAUAUUUCCUGUGGCGGCAGAGAUAUGUUUUAUAUUCUUGUGUAUGCAAAUUGUUUGGUUUUUGGACUUGGUCCUUCUGCGUGCAGCUUGAUGUCUUAUGUACAGAUUAUUAGGGUCAUACUACAUAUAAAGUCUAACACUGGUCGAAGUAAAGCCUUUUCUACCUGUUCGUCCCACCUCAUCAUCAUAGUCAUCUAUUAUGGAUCUGGUAUAUCUGUGUAUAUGACACCACCGUUAGAACAUUACAACGCAUUGGAACACAUCUUAACAGUGUUCUACACAACAGUGACUCCGGCAUUGAAUCCUUUGAUAUACAGUCUACGCAACAGCGAACUAAAGUGUUCUUUGAGAAAACUGCUGGCUUGGUUGUAG